ACCUUGGAAGCAAGCAAAUCCCGCCUUUGUCAUACUAUUUUUGCAUGCUAAGUGCUAACUGAACCCCCAAACGGAUUUGCCUUUUUUCUCCGAUCCGAGCUCUGAUUGGGAUUCGGCCGCUCCCUGCAGCUAGGGUUUUCAACCUCUUAGAACCUUUUAGGGAUUCUGCGCUUUGGGGAAGCAAGUAAGAAUGGAUGAAGGAAGAGACCCUCGAAACGCCAAUGGCGCAGCUGCAAAUCAUCUCAUGAUAUUGAAGGAAGGAAUAUAUUUGAUCCUCUCCCGAUGGGCAGUUCUUCUUUUCGCCCUCGAUAACGAGUCCGGCGGUCGCGGCUCCCGCCAGUUAGCCGAUCAACUCGCUUCGGAUGUUUACUCCUGGUUCACCAAACAGCGCAAAGCCAAUGAGCCGCUUUAUAUCGAUGACCUCGAGAACAUUCUCGACGAAACCAUGUAUGCUCAUCUCCACAUCGACAUGAAUGAUGAUGGCGUUGAAAUUGAGGAGAAUGUCUUCGAAACCAAAGGCAAAGGGGUUUAUUUUCCAUUACUAGUUGUUCUAUACCGGUUCCGAUCUACCCCAUUCAUGUUCAGUAUUAGUCCUGCUCUGCUGAAAAUUAAACAGGUAGCAGAGAAAAUGAUGAUUAUGCACGAGGAAUGUAUGGAAGGGAACUAUAGCUCUGUUGAGAAGUUGAGAAGGGCUGCUGCUGAGCCUUGUAGAACAUCAUCUCGUCAAUAUAUUAUCAGACAGGAUGAUGACCUUUAUGAUGAUGAUGAUGCUUCGUCGUCGGGAAGUGGUGGAGAUGAUAAUAUGAUGAUGGUGGAUUCUCCAGUAGUUCCUCAGAAAAUAGAUGAUGUUUAUGGGUGGACGUUGGUCUCUUCCAAGCGACGUAGUGGUAGAAGGAAUCGCUAAAUAGGAAUUUCAGAGUCGAUAAACUCAGAGGCAAGCAAGCAAGCUGUUCAGGCAGAGUAAGAUCGUGAAUCGUCCUCUCCGGUGAAACGAGAGGCAGGAGGAAACUUAGAUUGGACUUCAUUAAAGCUAUUAUGUUCUUCUUCCACGGCCCUGUUUUCGUGAUUCGGUUUAAUUAGUUCGAAUUGAGUUAAGGGCGCAAACAACUGUAAAACUCUGUCUACCAAGUAGUGGAGCACAUAAUUUUUUGCAUGGCAAUUUUCAAUCCACCAAUUCAAGUAUUCAACACAUCCACUU